AUGCCUUUUUUCGAAGCACUCGAGCAAAUGUCCAUUUACCAAAAAUUUAUGAAAGAGGUAAUCGCUAAAAAGAGACCAAUAGGAGAUGGGUCAGUAACGUUUAAUGAAAAAUAUAGUGCAAUAUCACCAGGUAGGAGAAUUCCAAUCAAGCAGAAGGAUCAUGGAUCUGUCACAGUCCCAUGCACUAUAAAAGACAAAACAUUCAAGAAGGUACUAAUUGAUUCUGGAGCCAGUGUGAGUCUGAUGCCAUUGUCAAUCUACCAAAGGAUUAGUAUUGGAAAUGUCAAUGAUACAAGGACAAAUCUAAAAUUUAGAGAUCACUCCAUAAAGAAUUCAUAUGGGAUAGCGGAAGACGUACUGGUGAAAAUAGAGGAAUUUAGUUUUCUUGUUGAUUUUGUGAUCAUAGACAUACCCGAGGAUGAAGAGACACCUAUCCUUCUUGGUCGACCAUUCAUGCGGACAAGUCGAUGCAAUUUCGACAUAGACCACAAUACACUAACUUUAAAAGUUUAUGAUGAUGAAAUAACCUUGAAGGUUCUUGAAAACAGGAAGCUAGAGGUAGAAAAAUAA